AUCGGGACGGCGCGGGUUUUUGCACAAAGUCUUAGAAAAUGACCUCGCCAAACCGGCCUUGGCUUAGCCAUGACGAUAGUUACUACCACUCUUCCCUGCAUACCCGCACAAAUACCCUGACAUCACUGAUCCGGACUCGAUCUCAACAAAGCCUAACAGGCCUGCGGUCAGCAGCUCCAACACCGCGCCAUCUCGUAGAGGACGAAGAGACAGGGUCCAUGCGCAAUGCACGGAUGCGUAAUGAAGAUGAAGAGAUCGAGAGGCUCUUGCGAGAUGAGCAUCGACUGUCUCAAAUCCUCCUUGGCCCGCAGGCGCGGAGCUUGAAGCUCAUUGGGAGAAGUAACCCACGAUAUCGUUGGGAGCGGUAUUGGAAGACGAAGGAGCAGCUCAAUGGCAUGAAGAAGCCUAUACGUGAAUACUAUCAGAGAACGAACUCCUUGAUCCAGCAGUACAUGUACAUUGACUGUCUUCUCGACUCAUCGAUCCCCCAUGAGCUCUUGAACGAAUACGCAGACGAACUUGAGGCUUCGGCUUUCCGGCCUGUUGAUGUCCCUGAUACUAUUACGGAAGAAACCCCCCAAGCCUCAUACCAGACUCAGUCAUACCUGAACCAGAUCGCCGGGUCGUACGGCUCGAUUAACAAUCUUGCUAGCGGACACAAUAGCAGCUCGUCAUCUACACUCAAAGCGGCACUACCUCAAAGGCGAACCCCGAAAGAUAUAUUUCGCUCUUCGGAGAACUUGCCUCUAUUGCAGCACCAGGACGAUGAGGCUGUUGAGCCGCGCUCGCGGCCGCAAUCUCCCCUACCAGUAAUUUUGCCCAAGGAAACUGGCCCGCAGCCGAAUCUUCCCUGGUUGGAAGAUGCCGAUUUAGACCACGACGACCCUAUUGUAGCUCUGGCCAUUUGGAUCAACCUCAUUGCAAACGUCAUUCUCCUGGCAGGUAAAAUUGCCGUCAUCAUCUCAGUCCCGUCCAUGUCCGUUCUUGCGGCUCUAGUUGAUGCAGUUCUCGAUUUGCUGAGUACUGCCAUCGUUUGGACCACAACACGACUGAUUUCGGCAAGCCAGCGGGAUCAACAUAACUAUCCCAUUGGGCGAUCACGGCUGGAACCCCUUGGAGUGCUGGUUUUCUCUGUCAUUAUGGUGACCUCCUUCUGUCAAGUCAGCCUGGAAUGUAUCCAGCGACUUGCUGGGCCAGACCACCAAGUCCUCCAAUUGGGCUUGCCAGCCAUCGUUAUAAUGAUAUCGACUAUUGUAAUCAAGGGUGGCUGUUGGCUGUGGUGCCGGCUCGUCAAAAAUUCCAGUGUCCGAGCCUUAGCUGACGAUGCAAUCACGGACGUCGUUUUUAACAUCGGCUCCAUCUUGUUUCCCUUGGUUGGCUUCUAUGGCCGAAUCUGGUGGCUUGACGCUUCCGGUGGUCUUCUCCUCUCCCUCGUUGUCAUCACCAUCUGGAGCCGCACCUCGGCUCAACACAUCCGCAAUCUAACCGGCUUCUCUGCCCAGCCUGAUGAGCGAAACCUGCUUCUCUAUCUCACCAUGCGCUUUGCCACCGCCAUUCGCCAGAUCCAGAACCUGCGCGCGUAUCACGCGGGCGACAAGCUCUUCGUUGAGGUGGAUAUUGUGCUCUCAGCUAUCACGCCGCUCAAGGAUAGCCAUGACUUGAGUGAGGUGCUGACCUAUUUCCUCGAGUCGGUGCCCAUCGUAGACAGGGCGUUUGUCCACGUAGAUUACCUGAGUUAUAAUGCGCCCACACAUAUGCUCAAGCAGCCUGCUUCAUGA